GAAAAGGAGGCGGAUGAUAAGGCCAAGGAGGCGGACGAGAGGCCGCACGAUGAGACGAAGGAAAAGAAGGCAUGGGACGGGCCCAAGGGCACUCCCAGUGGCCCGUCCAAGAAGUGCGGGGUUUGCUGGAGGUGGAUCCAAGAACAUGCGGCCGCCCGUCGGCAGCACAAGCUCUCCGUGUACCACCGGACUUGGAAAUACAUAGGCCAAGGCCUUGACAAGGAGGCUGCUGCAGCCCGUGCAAAGCGGCGGUUCCGGGAGCACUGGCAGCCCGGGAGGCAAGAGGAGAGCGAAGAGGAGUCCGAAGUCCCAAAGUGGGAGCUGCGGCGGGAUUCCAGCAAGAAGGGCCAUGAGGGCUAUGGCUAUGGUGAUGUCAGAGGAGGCGGCUCCGGCCCCUCGGGGGCCAAGGCUGGCAAGACCGGCAAGGACAGAAAGAGCAAGGGCAGCAAGGCUAAGGCCAAACGAAAGCGGCAGGAGUCGCCGCCGCCGGAACCGGACCACGUCCCAAUGCCGGACAAGAAGGAUCCCGAGGAUCCCGAAGGCCCCGACAGCUACGGCAAGGCC